AUGGAUGGUGAUACCCGGCGCAUGAAGCAGUAUGAUCAGCCUCGCUUUGCGACAAGACCGGGAAUGUCCCGUCGCGCAGUUGCAGGGGCGGACCGAUACAGACAGUCCGGUUUACAGCCAGCACGUGGAGAUGCACUGUCACAAGCAGCGGGACGGCAGAGAAUACCGACCUACCUGGAUUAUGGAUACACAGACCCAUCUUUUCAGGGCGCUUCGUUGCAGGGGGACGAAUUGCAAUCGUACCCUUCGUUGCGCGACCAACAGCGCCAACCGCAACCACAGCCGCAGCAGCACCAGCAACUACAACAGCCCUUCGCUCCCUAUGAGCCCGAGUUGGUCUACAACAUCAGCCCGCAAGGUCCAGCGCAAGCCCCUUACGAGGUCGUCACACCAUACUCAGCCCGGCCGUCUGCAGCCAUCGACGACCUGUCCGGUCAAUUUCCCGUUCCACAGUAUUUUCCUCCAACCGAACCGACUGGGGCCGGCGUUCCAGCUGUAGGUGUGCCUUACCUAACCUCUCUUCCUACUUAUAACCAGCCGGGUCCCAUUGGACGCACGACCGGCACGCAACCCUUUCCCACAACCAUGGCAGACAUGCCUCCUGGGGGCACAGCCGGACGUUUCGACUCGUCAUCGUCACAGCAGCAACCGCAGCAAGUACCGUCUCAGACAGUACCUGAACCAACGACGUUGACCGAUGCAUAUGGCCAGUUCCAACGAGCGCUGCGAAGUACCUUGGAUCAUGCGCGCGCUGGCCGAUUGGUGGAAGCGAGUCGACCCCUUUUGGAGAUCUCCGAGUGGCUUGUGACCAAUGCUCGAGAACUCGGGAUUCUCCGCGACGAUCAAGUAGUCUAUGCCGACCGACUGCAACUCUGGAAUGAUUUCAAUCUCUGCUGGCUGGCUGUGUGCCAGAAGCAGAAGGACCUGCUGCAAGAUGUGUUGCGAACCGGUCGCCAACCGCCCCAUACCAGUCUCUUGAGUGGGGAUGUGAUGGAUAAUUUAGCCAGGGAACUAAUCCAGCUGUGCGACCGCGUGGAACAGUAUGGCUUAGUGGAUUACCAAAUGGGGAUCUGGGAAGAGGAGAUCCUUGGUGUCUUGAGCCAGUGUCUUGAUCUUUUUGAAAGCCGACCAGAGCUACUUCGCACCCACAUGAGCAUUGCUCCCACUGCUGCUGGAUCUCGAUCGUGA